AUGUCAACAUUCAAUGGCAUAGUGAGCGAGUUUCCUCGCAUUCGUAUCGACUACUUCCGCAUACAUCCUUUGCAGCCACCUCCUCUGGCAUGCUUCUUGUCCCACAUUCACAGCGAUCAUCUCCAAGGCCUAGAGUCCUUGAAAGCGCCUUUUGUCUACUGCUCUGUGGGCACGCGGAACCUCCUUCUACAGCUUGAGAAAUACGCGCAUCGAAUGAACUUUAUGAGAGGCGUUCUGGAGAGCAGGAAGCAACAUUACAAACAUCUGAAACUGGUUCUCAAGGCUAUUCCACUAGAGUGCCCAACUGAAAUCGAGCUCAGUCCUCUGGAGAAGAUCAGGGUGACACUGUUCGAUGCCAACCACUGCCCUGGUGCAGUGAUGUUUCUGCUCGAGUGUGACAGUACAGCAAUCCUCUAUACUGGGGAUAUCAGAUCAGAGUCAUGGUGGAUCAAUUCAAUAAUCCGUCAUCCAGUACUGCUUCCUUAUUCUACAGGCCUAAAGCAGCUAGAUCGAAUUUAUCUUGAUACAACCUUUGCUUUGAAGGCAAACAUCUACAGGAGUUUCCCUUCCAAGGCUGAGGGUAUCUGUGAGCUUCUCACCAAGGUACGUCAAUAUCCGCCAGAGACAUUAUUUCACCUCAACGCUUGGACAUUGGGAUACGAGGAUGUGUGGGUUGCUCUGUCGACCUUUCUCAAGUCUAGUGUGCACAUCGAUAGCUAUCAAUCACGUCUUUAUGGUUCGCUAUCCAGUGCUGAUUUCGCAACCAGCAUUGGUGAAUACUCGGCACUCACUGGUUUCUAUGUCGGUAAUCAUUGUAAACCAGGAUGUCUAACCACUGAAUCAACUACUAGGAUUCACAGCUGUGAGCUCGGUACCCCAUGUCAUACUGAGUUACUGAAAGCGAAACAUGUGCUGUGGAUUAUACCUAUCAUCACUCGAUCGAAGGAUGGUAUUGAGGUCCCAGAGCUUGGUGCUGGAGGUGGCGGUGGAGAUUUGCAGCAAACUCCAGUGCUGGAGUUGAGCAAUAUCAGCUCAAUCUCAGAAAUAGAGGAGUAUUGCAAGCGGAUUGUUAAAGAUCCGGAUGAUAUGAAUCGACUGCUAUCCCACAUCGAGCUUGCACGAUCAUCGAGAAACGCGAAGAUGUCGUUGCAAAGGCUCAACCUUGACAUCGAAGACGAGAUCACUUUGCAGGAGUUCGUGGAACGCCUGCUUGUGGUAGACAAGGUCCAGUUGACUAGUCACAUGGAAGGCAAUCCGGAGAGGCAAUUCUCGAAUGGCAGCCUCUCAAAAGACACGAUACACUUCCCUUAUUCUCGCCAUUCCUCAUACAGUGAGCUGUGUGAGUUGGUGGGUGCGUUCAAUCCUGCUGAUAUUUACCCUUGCACCGUUGAUGAACAGACAUGGACAGAAGACGUUUCCAUGAAGACGCUAUUUGGUCACUUGUGCUCUGGUACAGACUUUGUUCAUGAUGGAGAGAUGAGAAUGCUUUUACACAAGAGACUCGAAACGCAAGGGGCUUCGAGAGAGAGGCUGAAGAGAAAGUUCGCCGAAGAUUCUGAGACAAGGAGCUCAUCCAAUGUCACAAGUCAAGAAUACAAUACAGCCGCAACAUCUGCUACACAGGCUCAGGCUCCAACUGCCACCGUGAGGCUUCCAAGCACGGAGGAUACUAGUAUUGACAACAAAGAGAUGCCUCCAUACCUCGCGGCAAUCAAAGCUGUUUACGAUGCCCGUAUGGCAGAAGCUACCGCUGAACCACUGCUCUCAUCUUUGUGCGCCGAAGAACUAGCGGAAGGAGAUCUUCGAAGUCUGCCAGAUAUGAAGGAAUUGUCUGAUUCUCAACUAUCAAUCUCACAAUCUGCAUUUGACACUCAAGCACAAGAUAGCGACCUCAACGCAGGCCUGCAACUCGACGGCACAGAGGAUAAACAGCCUUCUACCAUUGUGAAGGAGCUAAUGCCCAUCGCCUCACGUAAUCCGUCUGAUCAGCGCAGCCGGCGCAAGAUGCGGGAACAGGCAUACCAAGCGGCAAAGCUGACCCUGCAAUCAAGUGAUAGUGGAGCUUGGGACGACCUUGGCAUCAGGAGUGUAGGAAGUAAUGGACACUGCGAAUCCGAAGACGAGCUCUGA